AUGGAGGUGGUUCUAACAGGAAGCCGCAUUUUAGUGGCAUUUAUAGCUACCAUUAUAUGGAGUAUGGGGGUUCGAGGCCUUCAUAACUUAGAAAUCAACGUGCCAAGUGCAGUCCUCGUGGGAGAGACGGUUACCCUCGAAUGUAGUUGGCAGUUAGAAGAUGAAGAGGCCCUAUACAGCGUAAAAUGGUACCGAGGGAGAGAAGAAUUCUAUAGAUAUAUACCAAAGGAAUUGCCUCACACAAGAGUAUUCCCACUGCCUGGGAUUGAAGUGGAUAUAUCACGUUCGGGUGCCAGGCGCGUUGUUCUACAAGAGGCUACACCGGCUAUGGCAGGUCGUUUCCGCUGCGAGGUGUCAGCAGACGCACCCACUUUCCACACGGAAAUACGAUCAGCGCCCUUGGAUGUAGUAGAACCUCCAGAAUGGCCACCCAAAUUAGUAUCCGAUCGAUCAUGGUACGGCGUUGGAUCUACACUAAAAGCGACAUGCGCCUCACCGCCGGCGCAUCCACCAGCGAAUUUGACUUUUGCUUUGAACGGCCAAGAGAUCGAUAUGGAAUCGCUUCUCCAUGAGGUACCGGAUUGGUUCAAAUGGGAUCCUCAGAUGAAAGCCGACACAACUACAACGGAGCAACCCGAGGAUGAUAUCAAUUUCAAUAUAUUUUCCGACGAAAGUAAUAUUCAAUAUCUUGACGAAUCUUACAUAAACCUUCAUAAAGAGGAAAUCAGGCGACCCUCUAAGGAAAGUAUAAAGCCAGUGUAUGAAAGGACGGGACCUGAUAAUAGGCUGCCAUCAGUUGGAGAAGUUUUAUUUGUCGUUCGACACGAAGCAUUCGAGCGCGGUAGCUUGAGGUUGACCUGCAUAGCAAGUAUAUACAACCUGUACGCAGCACGUGCCGAACUAAUUUUCGAUAUGGAGCAACCAGAAGUUGCUUCGGUUUUGGGCGUCCGCAACUAUGCUAUAGAUUCUUACAAUAUGAGCUGGCAUUCUGUGUAUAUACCUCUAUUUUUGCUAAUCAUCCGGUAG